CAACUCUUCCCGAACGCUUUAUCAAGGGCUCAACCGCGGCGGACGCCAUUUCAGUGCGCGAUCUUACUUUUUCUUUUUCGCCCGUUUCUCGCUUUGCUCUGAAUUUCCAGGCCAAAAGAAGUCCCGCACUAAAAAGGCAGAAGCAACGAGUUCUAUUUGUUGCCGGAGAACCGGCUUUCUCUUUCCCCUUCCUCAGCCGUCGCGUUUUAGCGGCGACGGCCGUUACUAGGCCCUGGCGCGGCCGUGACGCUGCGAGACUCCAUUGCAGCGCGGAAUGGGGCCUGUAAUUGAUCACCAUCUCCGGGCAGGGAAGAAGCGCAGGACGCGAAACAGACCCUAAGGAGCAAAGGCGCGCCAGCCGGUGGGACAGGCGCUGAAGAAAAGCCUCAGUAGAGACUCGAGAGGACUCGCGUCUUUUGGGGGAAACGGGUGGAUGUCGUGGCCGAGAAAGGCUAGGGAAAGAAAACUCCGUUGAGGAACGAGGGGAAGUUGGGCUUCUCUCCAUCUAGCCGGCACGGAAUCCCUAGCGGCGCGCUGCCUUUUGCCCGCGACCGGCAUCGAUGCCCUCGAUCCAACACCUUUGGGGUGGGUGCGUUAGGAUCGUCCCGGGUUUGAGUAUAUUAUCGCAGGUGUUCAAAGAAGUAGGAGCAAAGGAAAUGACUUUGAACUUUCUCUCAUAUUAGAAAUUUCUUUCAUUUGGAAAAUAACAAUGAAAACUUUUGUCCCUUAAGAUACCCAAGAAAUUAAAAAGCUCAUCUAUGGCCCACCCCAGGUGUGCCCCCUUAUUUCUUUUAACAAUAUAAAACAUAAUAGAGGCAUCUUUGGCAGAUAAGUGAGUGUUCAUAAUUCAAACUGAUAACAGGUAAUUCAUUUUUCAGAUCCAUAAUUCUGCUUUUACAAAAACACAGACAUUCAAGCCCAAACAGCUGCCAAAAAAGUUUACCAAGAACCUCAACCCUUGGCUUUGAGUGGGUUAUUGAAGCUGAUAAUCUUAUCACUUCUGCUGAUAAUCUUUAGUGGGGUCAGCCUCAUCACUAUGCAAUGAUGCCGUUUACUAUCAAAUCAAAUAGCAAACUGCUCUGUAAAUAGAAGAUUUACACUCAAAAUAUACUGCAUAAACAAAAACACUACAAAGUUUGAUCUAGAAACAAAGUCCAGCUGACCAGACAUUGCUUCUAUAGGAUUAAUGGAGCAAAUAACUAAAAUCAGAUAUUGUCAAUAAUAGGUGGGGAAAUGGAAAAGAAAUCAAAUCAGUUCUAAAUUCUAUUUUAGAAUCGUUUUGGUUUUUUAUUAGAUGGAUGUGGUACCACCUGGGAGUGUCAGAUUGACUAAAAGUUUUUUAAAAAUCCUAGAAGGAAAAGGAAAUGCACUUCCAUAAUACUGCCAAAAAAUUGAAAUUGAUUUAGCCAUUUGGAGUCAAAGCUGGUUUGAAAAUAUUUUUUAUUUUGUUGUGUACAUAUUUAUUGCUACAGCAUUAACACUUUGCUUUUUUAUAGCUCUCCAAAUUUUCCCAAAAGAUAUAGGCCAAAGAUAAAACUGGGAGGAAUAACUAUUUCAUAGGCAUAAAGUGCCUGUCAUCUUUUCACAGUGAAAUGCCAUCUUGGUCCCCUGCCUACCUCUUUAUAGAAGAACAAUGUAUAAUUUUUCUGUGAGUGAUACUUGAUCUCUUCUAUAUACUUGCUUUACCUAUGAUAUUUGAGUAAGCUUACAACAGAAAUGUGUAAUUGUGGCAUGUUCUGCAACUCAGAGCCAUCUAUUUAACAAUAGCAUCAGUCAAAACAGUAACAAAAUGGAACUCACUUUUGGAUCUUUCUGCUAUUCGGAUUCAUUCAUUUAAUUGUAAGGAGAAGGAAUAAGGGAGGAAGUAAGCAGGAGUGACAGGAAAAGAAUAGUAAAUGCAAUGUGGUAAUUAUGGGAAUCCACUUGUCUAUGCUCUACAAGUUAUUUCUUCUGUAUUUACAAUCAAAUGUGGCUGUUUGCAGUGUCAACCAAAGUAACCUUGAAACCUCAAAGCAAGAGGGUUACUCAGUUAUAAUGAAAGCUUUUGGGUACAUUCCAGGAUGACAGAAGAUCUGAGAAAUGAAAUCAUUAAUGAUAAUCAUUAUUAGUAUCUCCCAAUAAUUUUAUCCUUUGUUACUUAUUUAAUUUCCUUUUAACUAUCGAAGUUGGUGACAAUUGCUGUAAAUGUUUCCAUAAUCAUGUACUUUAAAGCCAGUUGUAAGAUUUUGUAAAACAAAUUUUCUUUACUUGUAUAAAAUCUAAAUCUAAAUUGAUAUGCUUUUUUAUCAAAAAAUAUAUGUUAUACACACAAGUUCUAGAAAGCAAUGUUUGAUAGAGAUAAAAACUGAUUUAAGAAAACAUUCUAUCUUGAAAUGUUAUGUUACGCAUAGACCAGAUAUUAAGAAUUUAUUAUAUGUGAGGGUAAAUAGAGGAACAAAAAUAAUUCAUUCUGCCAAUGCGUUCUCUUUAUUAAAAUUGAACAAAUUUCUGUGAGGAAGAUACCUUAGACAUAUGGUACUUUUUAAUGUGUGAGUUGAUCAUUGGCUAAACUGUGGAAAAUGCCUUUCGGCUUAAUAAUCAGCUAAAUCAGCUAAAUAAACUUUUGUAUCUCAAACUCAUCAGCUGAGGAGAGUGCACUGCAUUCCAGUUAUACAGAGACACUCAUUUGCAAUAGCCUAUAAAACAGUUGCCAGACUUAGUAAGUUUGUAUACCAAUUUCUUUGGAGCAUAUUGCUAUCGGGUCAUGGAGGACACACUUGUGAAUGUAAAGAACUGGGUAGAAGAAAACAAAGGUGCUUUUCUGCCUCCAGUAUGCAAUAAGCUUAUGCAUCACCGACAGCUCAAUAUAAUGUUUGUUGGUGGGCCAAACCAACGGAAAGAUUACCAUAUUGAAGAAGGAGAAGAGAUGUUUCUUUUACCAGCCAGGAUUCCACAUUCUCCACAAAGGUAUGCAAACUCUGUGGGACUGGUCAUUGAAAGGAGAAGAUUAGACACAGAAACUGAUGGGUUGAGAUAUUAUGUUGGAGAAUCAACAGAUGUCCUUUUUGAAAGAUGGUUUUACUGUGAGGAUCUUGGUAUACAACUUAUUCCAAUAAUUCAAGAAUUUUUCAGUUCAAUGCAGUAUCAAACUGGGAAACCCAAUCCAGAUGAAAUUGUAAGAGCAACUCCUUUCCCACUAAAUGAUGUCACAGUCAUGGAUCCUUUUUCUUUGCAAGCUUGGCUGAAUGAUCACCAAGAAAAUAUAGCUCUGAAACAAUCCUUGAGUCUUUUUGGAGACAACUUUGAAACAGAGGUUAAAAAAGAAGGUUCAUCUUUUGUUACUAUUGAUAGAAAAAUCCUGACUUUAAGGGCUGGAGAUAGCCUUCUUGCCCCAGUGCAAACUAAGUUUCACUGGAAGAGAGAUGAAGGGUCCAUUGCUCUUUCUGUUGUUCAGAAUCCAGAGAGGAAAAGACCCUAUGUCUGAGUUUGGUAUCUGUAUCCUGCUCUCAAGAAUUAUUAAUACAAUUCUCUUUAA